AUGCCCUCACUCGCGCAAUCCGCCGCGCUCUCGGCAUUGGCGGACCUGAAGCUGCCAAAGGACGUCCAUGUCUCCCCCGACGGUUCGAAAGUCGUCUAUGCGCUCGAGCGAUUCUCGGAAAAGAACAGGAGGUCUCUUUCAUCGCUUUGGAUCGCAGAUGUUGGUAUAGAUCACUCUGCGCGUCAGAUUACGUCAGGGCUAUUCAGGGAUGAGAAGCCGAGGUGGUCGCCCGACGGGCGGUUCAUUGCCUUCUUGUCAGAUAGGGGCGGAGAGACGGGUGUGAUCUAUAUGUUAGGCAUUGGAGGGUUUGAAGAGGCGUAUCCUCUUACUGAAGGUAAAGACGCGAGGCGGGUGCAAGACUUCGAGUGGAGUGUCGAUGGCAGAUAUAUCGCGUUCCUCAGUAGAGAAGGGGGUGACGAUGAGAAAGAAGUCGACGCAGACGAGCCAUUAGUAUUUGGAGAAGACGAAGAAAACAGCAAUCAGCGUCUUCGCAUCGUCGAUGUCGAGCGACGACGCCUUCGAGUUUUGACGCCUGCAGACCAGAAUGUGGCUCUCUUCUCAUGGAGCCCAAGCCCUAACACGACGGAACUCGCAUAUACCGUCGCCGACCCAUCUGCGCUGCACUCUAGCAGCAGCCAAAUCGAUCUUGUCUCGGUUGAAACCGGCUCAAGAAGGAGAUUCAUCAGCACGAACAGCCCCAUCACCUCGUUGGUGUGGACGCAGCGAGAUCGCCUUCACUUCAUCGCUCGCCCAGCACCACCAUAUACACAGCCUUCCGUCUACGAAGCUCGCAUCAAGUCAAAGCAGUACGGGAGUUACUUUGGAUGGACUGGAGAAGCUAUUUCGUUACACCGAGCACGACAUUCAGCCAUCGCCCGCGUGAGAAAUCCCACCCACGAGUCCGCGCACGCAUUAGGGGUCCAGAGCACGGCCUGGCCAUUCUCGAGGUUCUUCAACUCCGAAUAUGAGAUCACCUCCUUCGACGCGUACCGUCAUCCCGAAUCAGAUGAUUUCACCCUCGUUCUCGCGCGGAGUAGUCCGCAAGUCGCAAACGAGGUGUGGUCUGUCAUCAUCAAAGAUGGCAGAAGCCGGAGCCUCGUGAAACUCUCAUCCCACAAUUCGGCCUUUGACGGGUUCCGCUCGAAGCGUAUCUCAGCCACUGGCCCAGACGGCUGGGAGUGUGAUGGAUGGCUCUUUACGCCCAAGCCAGUAACUUUCACCCGCCGUCUGCCGCCAACGGUUGUCCUAUUGCAGAGCCAUUCAACGCUGCCGUCCUUCUCAAUAGGCUCUCACCUCGACGUCGCAUAUCUAACAUCCGCUGGAUACGCAGUGUUGUGCCCUAAUAUACGUCCAAGUGGUAGUGGCGGAGGUGGAGGCGGAAUAAAUGAGCGCUACGCGGACGUCCUGAUGAUUCUAAAGAAAGCCGUCUCAGAGAAUCUCGUGGACGAGUCCCGGGUUACGAUUAGCGGAUGGUCGGAUGGCGGCUUUCUAUCUUCUCUUGCAGUCAUACGCAACGAGUUCGAUUUUCGCGCUGUUGUCUGCGGUGGAGGAGUCCCUGACUGGAGUCUUGUAGAUGCAAAUAGCAACCCGCUGUGGCCCAGACUUGAUGCAGAGGAUAAGGAUGACGGGUAUGUCUCUGGGGAAGAUCAAUCCAAGGGCGGAAUCGAGAAGAGCACGCCUCUGCUUCUCCUGCACGGUCGCGAGGAUGAUCAGGUUCCCGUAUCCGGGCCGCUGGCGUUCUGGCGGCAGCGACAGCGAUGGAAUGGACCGGUACAGAUGGUGCUAUAUCCCAAAGAGAAACAUGUUAUCCGGGACCGGAAACACUUGCUUGAUCUCUGGACAAGAGUACUGGGGUUCUAUGAGAAACAGUUGGCUUAG